AUGCUAAAAAGACAAUUAAAGGAGGCGUAUGAGGAAGAAGAGAUGUUUUGGAGUCAGAAAUCUAGAGUUCAGUGGCUAAAGGAGGGAGAUAGGAAUACACAUUUCUUCCACUCUAGUGUGAAGGGGCGAAGGCAGAGAAACAAGCUUCACAGAUUACUACGAGAGAAUGGGGAUUGGACUAACUCAGAAGAGGAGAUAGGAGAAGAAGUGGUGAGUCAUUAUAAAGACCUCUUCUGCAGUAAAGGGACUGAACAGGUAGACAUGGUUCUAGAAGGAAUAUCACAGACCAUCACUGACCAAAUGAACCUUAGACUUACUGAACCUGUUAGGGAGGCAGAAAUCAAAGAAGCUUUGUUUUCCAUGAACCCAACAAAAGCUCCAGGCCCUGAUGGCAUGACACCAAACUUUUUCCAGAAAUUCUGGAAUAUCCUCAAAACAGACGUAAUUCAGGCCAUCACAAGUUUCUUCCAUUCUGGCCAUAUGCUCAAAGCAGUUAAUCAUACCAUUAUUUCCCUGAUACCUAAGGUAGAAAACCCCACUGAUAUAAAGCAGUUCAGACCUAUUAGUCUUUGCAAUGUCAUUUACAAAAUCAUAUCCAAAAUACUUGCAAACAGAUUGAAAAAAGUGCUGGAUAAUUGCAUCAGUAAAAAUCAGGCAGCUUUUGUGCCUGGAAGACAAAUUUUGGAUAAUGUCAUUGUCUCUCAUGAGUACAUGCACUAUCUUAAAAACAAAAGGCAGGGAUCUCAAGGUUUCAUGGCUUUAAAGUUAGAUAUGUCAAAAGCCUAUGACAGGGUGAAGUGGGGAUAUUUGAAGGAAAUGAUGAUCAAACUGGGAUUCUGUGAAAAAUGGAUCAGAUGGAUCAUGGAGUGCAUCACAACAGCUACUUUCUCUUUCAAUAUAAAUGGGGAAGCAAGAGGAUAUGUGAUACCUUCUAGGGGGAUUAGGCAAGGUGACCCCUUAUCACCGUACCUAUUCUUACUAGUCUCUGAAGGUUUUUCAAAUCUGCUGGCUCAAGCUGAGAGUAACCAGAAGCUGACAGGAAUGAAAAUUAGCAGAAGUGGACCAGCAAUCAGUCAUCUUUUCUUUGCAGAUGAUUCCCUGAUUUUUUGCAAAGCGGAUACAAGUCAAGCUGAAGAGGUGCUGAGGAUAUUGGAAAAAUAUGGAAAAGGUUCGGGACAAAUGAUAAACAUGGACAAGUCUUCAGUGUUCUUUAGUAAGAAUGUGACACAAGAAGAUCAAGAAGAAAUCUGCAGCAGACUAGGAAAUAUAAGAAGGGUGCAUCAAGGAAAGUAUCUGGGAUUGCCAAUGGUAAUAACCAGAACCAAGGAACAAAUAUUUGGCUAUAUCAGAGACAAAUGCCAGAAAAAGGUCUCUAACUGGUGCAACAAGAAGCUCAGCCAAGUAGGAAAAGAGGUGUUACUGAAAGCAAUCACUAUGGCCAUGCCAACCUAUGCAAUGUCUUGCUUCAAGCUUCCAGUGAAAUUGUGUAAGGAUAUACAUGCCUUAAUGGCAAAAUUCUGGUGGGGAGGAGAUAAUGAAAAAAGAAAAGUACACUGGUGUUCAUGGAAAAAGAUGGCAGCUGAGAAGAACAGAGGAGGACUAGGAUUCAGAGACUUACAAGCUUUCAACAAAGCCUUGUUGGGUAAACAAAUCUGGAGGCUCCUCACGAGUCCAAACCUGCUGAUGAGCAAGGUGUUGAAAGCAAAGUACUACUGGAAGGAGUCACCUUUGAGCUGUGAAGUAAAAGGCAACUCAUCCUGGAUUUGGAAAAGCUUGAUGGGAGCUAGGGAGGAGGUUAAGCGAGGGGUAAGGAAGAGGAUUGGAAAUGGGAAGGGGACCAGAAUUUGGGAGGAUGCUUGGAUUCAGGAUGGGAAGGAUGGAAAGCUAGAGUCCCCUAAACCCACAGGGUGCCUGAUGAGCAAAGUGAGUGAACUGAUAUCUAAUUCUAGAUGGAAUUCACCACUUGUUUUCAGGACCUUUAACACAAGAGAAGCAGGACAGAUACUUAAGACUCCUGUAAGCCUAACUGGUCGACCUGACUGCUACUCCUGGAGUUAUAGUACCAAUGGCCAAUACACAGUUAGAUCAGCGUAUGAGGCAAUCACAAGGGAGGGUAAGCAGCAGGAAUCCAACGGGAGACUGAAGGGGGAGACAAGCUGGGAAGGAGGGAGUGAGAAAGUCUGGAAACAGCUAUGGAAGUUGAAGAUAAAGCAUAAACAAAAGCUGUUUAUAUGGAAAAGUCUGAACCAAGUCUUGCCGGGUAGGGAAGCAAUAUACAAAAGAAUAGGCAAAGGUGACAUGAUUUGCAAGCUGUGUGGAGAAGGUAGUGAGACAGUUGAACACAUCUUUUUUCAUUGCACAAAGGCUCAAAUGAUAUGGCAGAUGGCACCCCUCCAGUGGGAUGGAAUUAAGGAACAUACUGCUGACUUCAGAAGAUGGUGGAGCAUUUUAAUGGAGGCACAAACCAGACGGGAGGGACUGGAACAUAUAGCUUUAACAGUGGAAAUACUCUGGCAGAUUUGGAAAGCUAGGAAUGAAGCUGAAUUCGAAGAGAAGGAUAGACAUCCAAUGGAAGUUAUCAGGAAAGCAAUUAAGGAUUGGGAGGAGUAUCAACAAGCACAACAAAUGGAACAUCAUAUGAGCAUCUCAAAAACAGAAGUAGCACAAGAAGAUGAGGAAAGGCUGAGGGAAGAGGAUAAUCUGCUAAACAUCAGUGUUGAGGUAGGACAGCAUGCAGAAGGCCAAAACAUGGGAAUUGGAGUUACAGCAGAAAAUAACAGGAGCCAGAAAUGUGCAGCUUGGAUACUGAAGGAGAGAAGUACUGGUUCGGCUGUUGUGGACAACUUGAUGGCCAUCAAACUGGCACUCUGUAAGCUAAACGAGAAAGGGUGGCAAUAUAUCAAGAUCCAAACACCAUGUACUCAGGUGCUGAAUAUGCUACGACCCCAAGCUACUAGCAAUUCAAGGCUGGUAACUCACCUGGAGGAUAUCAGAGACCUUAGCUCAAUGUUUAGGAAAUGCUCAUUUGAUAGUUUACCUGUUGAAGUGAAUAGGCUCAGUGAAAAAUUGAGCAAGCUAGCUAUGAGGAUACUUUAA